AUGACUCACGCAUUUAAGAUUAGCCAGAAAGAUAGAUUUCUAGGUCUUGUUACUAGCUUGUGUCACCUCAGCAAUGUAAACAAGCAUAUCAAACAGAAGCUUACUCCUGAACAGUUGGAUAUGUUCAUGAAAGAAACAAUAUUUGGGCGAUUUGUGGAUCUGGACAUGAUGUUCUACAGUCCCCUUGUCCAUUACUUUCUGCUUAGGAAGGUUAUUGACGCCCUGAUAGAUUCAAUGUGCUUCAGUAUCGGGGGCACGACUAUUACAGUAUCGAAGGCCGAGUUUCUGUCAAUGACUCAAUUGUGGCGACCAUCUGGUAGGGUCUUUCAGAAGAAGGACUUCGAACAAUUAUACAAGGACACUUUCUUCGACAACAACGAGGACGCUGCGAAGGUGACGUUGGUAUACUGCACUGAAUUUGGCAUGAUGGUGAAAAAGUACAAGGUGAAAUCUAACGUUAAUGACGACCCCUAUGGGGACAUCGAUGACCUUGACCACUUUAGCCACAUAGAUUUAGGGGACAAUUAUAUGGAAUAG